GAUGGGGGGGAGGAUCAGGGUUAGAGGAGAGUUGAUAAACUGGUCUCCUCGGCUCAGAGCCUCACUUCUGUCUUCCCCUCUCACCCAGCAGGCUGCCACGUUCUGUCCUGUAGAGACCCCCCCACAGCGCCCCCUGCAGCCAUGUGUGACGACGAGGAGAGCACCGCUCUGGUCUGUGAUAACGGCUCCGGUCUCUGUAAGGCCGGCUUCGCUGGAGACGACGCUCCAAGGGCCGUCUUCCCCUCCAUCGUGGGCCGGCCCCGCCACCAGGGGGUGAUGGUGGGCAUGGGUCAGAAGGACAGCUAUGUUGGAGACGAGGCUCAGAGUAAGAGAGGAAUCCUGACACUCAAAUACCCCAUCGAACACGGCAUCAUCACCAACUGGGACGACAUGGAGAAGAUCUGGCAUCACUCGUUCUACAACGAGCUGAGGGUCGCUCCAGAGGAACAUCCCACCCUCCUGACCGAGGCCCCGCUCAACCCCAAAGCCAACCGCGAGAAGAUGACCCAGAUCAUGUUCGAGACCUUUAACGUUCCCGCCAUGUACGUCGCCAUCCAGGCCGUCCUCUCUUUGUACGCCUCGGGACGAACCACAGGCAUCGUGCUGGACUCCGGGGACGGCGUCACCCACAACGUUCCCAUCUAUGAAGGCUACGCUCUGCCGCACGCCAUCAUGAGGCUGGACCUGGCGGGUCGUGACCUCACAGACUACCUCAUGAAGAUCCUGACGGAGCGCGGAUACAGCUUCGUCACCACCGCGGAGAGGGAGAUUGUGCGGGACAUUAAGGAGAAGCUGUGUUACGUGGCACUGGACUUUGAGAACGAGAUGGGCACAGCAGCAACCUCGUCGUCUCUGGAGAAAAGCUACGAGCUGCCUGACGGACAGGUCAUCACCAUCGGCAACGAGCGCUUCCGCUGCCCGGAGACCCUGUUCCAGCCCUCCUUCAUCGGGAUGGAGUCUGCAGGGAUCCACGAGACAACCUACAACAGCAUCAUGAAGUGUGACAUUGACAUCCGCAAAGACCUGUACGCCAACAACGUGCUCUCCGGAGGAACCACCAUGUACCCGGGCAUCGCCGACCGCAUGCAGAAGGAGAUCACAGCGCUGGCCCCCAGCACCAUGAAGAUCAAGAUCAUCGCCCCCCCAGAGAGGAAGUACUCGGUGUGGAUCGGUGGUUCCAUCCUGGCCUCGCUGUCCACCUUCCAGCAGAUGUGGAUCAGUAAGCAGGAGUACGACGAGGCUGGCCCGUCCAUCGUUCACCGCAAGUGCUUCUAAACCCCCCCCCCCCCCCCCCCCCCCCGGUCUUAUUACCACGCACUGAGCACCAGCACAGACCCCCAGAAACCUGCAGACGGGACGACAGCAGCAGGACGGAGAACGUGUUAUUUGGUAUUUAGGAAGAUGCUAAAAUAAGAGUUUCAUUCUGAAAGGCUGGGGAGAGGAAGUGAUGUCGUCUUUAUUUUGCAGCGUUUUUUGGUAAUCAUGCUCACCUUAAGACUGUGAACGUGGCGCUCGUCCUCCAUCCUUACCCCCCACUCCACCUGCACUGCCCCCCCUCCACUUGACCCCCCCUCCACCUUUGCCCCCCCAUUCUUACUGUUUCUGUCAAAGUUUGUUUUUAUUUUUAUGAAUAAAGCUUGAAUGUUACCCCCCCUAUUUCAUGUUGUCAUGAUGAUGUCACGCAGCAACGAUGAUGUCACAGCUGUAGGAGGAGGCGUGGCCUCAGGGUGCUCUCUGUAAGGAAGUGACAGCUGAGUGGCCAACGAUGAUGACAAUAAAGAGCUAUGUGUCAGA